UUCAUGGAUUGGCAGGUAAGAAGAGAGAGAUUUUUCAAACUGUUAAAGCACGUGGUGUCAGGCUUCAUCUCCGGAAAUUGCGCCUAAUUUAGACACUUUCAUAGAUCAAACCGAGAGAGACUCUGACACCACGUGUAACUGUGGAAUAGCACCAGUUGUGAUUUCUGGCUCAUUCUGUUCCACUCAGUAAUAUUAGUGAGAAAACUCUAGAAGUACCCUGUAUGAGGAGGGGUCUAUUAUUGAUUUUUCUUAUGUAUUGCUAUUUAGAUGUAUACCAGAACGGUAUGACUGAAAAAAAUAAUGAUGUUUGUGUGUGAAAUAUAGAUGAAAUAAAGUGCUGGUGGUACGAUACAAGAAAAAUCUAUAAUAGGCCUUGUCUCUAUAUGGAUAUUUUUGUGUUUUUCAAUCUAUUAUGCAUCUAAAUACUUCUCGGAAUUUUUCGUCAAUAGAACAGAGCAAGGAAAAAAUGGCACAAAUGAUUGAGCACUUUGAAAUUUUUGUUUUGUGUAAAAUAACUUUUACACUUUUCAGAAUAACUUUUGCGAUUAUCGUAUUGCUAUCAUUUUCAUUUUCACUUCUUGUGAUUUGUGUGAAAAAGAAGACAAAAAAGGAAAAACACCCUGACUCUCCACCCACUUUGGUAACACCACCACCACAGGGAGCCAAAUUGUCUUGGAAAGGACGACAGAAGCCGUUGGUUGUAUUUGAUGAAAAGCUAUCGGACCAGUCUAAAAAAGAAAAAAGUGUGAAAAUCCCAAAAACUGUAGAGGAGUCGGAGAAGAUAGUGAAAGUCAAGAAAGUUCCAUCUUCCCAAAAAGUUUGUGAUUCGUCAGCAUCUAGUAAGAAACGAAAGUCGCCUAAAAAGAAGAGUGAAGAUGUGGAUGAACUGAAAACUGAAACUGAACGGGAAUAAUGUGAACUUUUUGCAUAAUAAAUUAAUUUUUGAAAGUUAAUUGAAAACAGGUGGUACACCAGAAUAAAUCGGGCGUUUUGAAAA